GAAGCAACAUGUUAACUUUAAAGUUUCUAGUUUUAACACUAGGCUUCGUUCUGAACUGCCAUGCUCAGAAGGAACCUCGUAAAUUCCCGGAACACUUAUUAUUCGGGACUGCCACAGCAUCCUACCAGAUAGAAGGGGCAUGGAAUGAAGAUGGUAAAUCUGAAAACAUUUGGGAUCGUAUAGCUCACCAAGUGCCGUGCCCCAUUAAAAACUGCGACACCGGAGACGAUGCUAAUCAAUCAUAUCGAUUGUACAAGAGGGACGUGGAGAUGGCAAGGGAGCUUGGGCUAGACUUUUACCGUUUCUCCUUAUCCUGGUCCAGGAUUCUUCCGACCAGCUUCCCCGAUGUGAUAAAUCAAGCGGGAGUAGACUACUACAACAACUUAAUUGACGAAUUGAGGAAGUACAACAUCGAACCCAUGGUGACUAUUUACCACUGGGAUUUACCUCAAAAGCUUCAAGAUUUGGGUGGCUGGUCGAAUCCGCAUAUAGUAGAUUGGUUCAGUGAUUAUUCCCGAAUCGUUUUUAAACUGUUCGGCGAUCGGGUAAAAUAUUGGAUCACUAUGAAUGAGCCUCGAGAGGUUUGCGUCCAAGGAUAUUCUGAUGGUAGCUUGGCACCUCUGUUGAACAUCACUGGCUACGCUGAAUACUUGUGUACUAAGAACUUACUAGUUGCACAUGCUAAAACCUAUCAUAUAUAUAACGAUGAGUUCAGAUCGACUCAGGGUGGUACUAUUGGCAUUACAUUAAGCGCGAAAUGGUACGAACCAGAAAAUGAUGACCACAUGGAGGCUAGCGAAGAUCAUUAUCAAUUCGAAGUGGGACAAUACGCGUAUCCAAUCUUCUCCAAGACUGGCGAUUUUCCGCCGUCGAUGAAAAAAAGGAUUGCAGAAAAUAGUGAAAAACAGGGUUUCUUCAGGUCAAGGCUUCCAGAAUUUACCGCCGAUGAGAUAGAAUUAGUGAGGGGAAGCUCCGACUUCCUCGGAAUUAAUCACUAUACUACUCUUAUUGCAUACAGAAACGAAUCCGUAGAUGGCGUAUACGAUUCACCCUCAUAUAGACAUGACAUGGGUGUUAUAGGAUAUGCCCUAAGUGACUGGCCGAAAGGAGCGUCUUCUUGGUUAAAUGUGGUUCCGUGGGGUUUCUAUAAACUCUUGACUAAAAUUAAGGACGACUUCGACAAUCCUCCAGUGAUCAUUGCUGAGAACGGUUUCUCGUCUCAGGGUGGCUUAAACGACGACGACCGUAUUGACUACUAUAGAAGCUAUCUCGACGCCAUGCUGGACGCGAUGGAAGAAGGUUGUGACGUCAGAGCGUACACGGCCUGGAGCCUAAUGGACAACUUCGAAUGGCUGGAAGGAUACUCAGAGCGUUUCGGGCUAUACGAGGUGGAUUUCAAGAGUCCGGAGAAGACGCGCACGCCGCGCAAGUCCGCCUACAUCUACAAGGAGAUGUUGCGCACGCGCACCCUCGACUUCAGUUACGAGCCCGAUAUGACCAAGCCCAUGACGAUAGAUGAUGGAUUAUAA